UGAAUGGCAGCACAGCGCGUGGAAGCCCGUGUCUGUGCGUGACCGUGCGUGGUGAUCGUGCGCGCGUGCGUGCGGAGUCGAGGCCGUCUCGAGUGGGUGUCGUGCAGAGCGUCGCGUCAGAGCCGCGCGUGCGUCUUUCGUCUGCUCCGUCAACUGAUCGGUAUCAGCUGCGAAUGACAGUCAUGGUGUAAAGGCCAGGUCUCUUUACACUCGCUGUUGUUGUCGGCCUUUCUGCUUGUCAUGGAAGUUGGCGCGAAAAAUACCUAACUUUUGAACGACGAAUUAUUUUCCUGAGGCGCGCCGACUCGCGCUCGUGGUUGCGGUGCCGUUCUCGGCCUCCUCCGCGCCAAAGCAAGCCGCUGCUGGCAGCCUCGGCGGGGGGUCACGUCCGGUCACAUCCGGUCCCUUUUGUCGCCGCCAUGGAGAACAGUAUGGAGCAGCCGGACCCGGACUACAUCAAGAUGUUCGUCGGCCAGCUGCCGCGCUCCAUGGACGAGGCCGACCUCACCAGGCUCUUCGAGGAGUUCGGUCGGGUCCACCAGAUCAACGUGCUGCGGGACAAGAACACCGGACAGAGCAAAGGAUGCCGAGUCCGUUCUGGUCCGGGUUCGGCUGGGGCGGCGCCGGCGAGGCCGCGUCCCCGGAGGACGAGAAGCACGUCUACGGGUCACCGGGGGCGCUGGGCCCCAAGAGCAUCCACGAGGGCGUGCUGCAGAUCGGCUCUCAGGCCUGUCACAUCCUGGUGCACCGCAUCGACUCGGCCGCAGCAGAGGCGCUGCAUCGGACAGAGGCCCUGCAUCGGCACCACCAGGGUGGCGGGCGCGGGCACCAGCGUCACGCUGAGCGUGGCCCGCGCCGUCCGGGCCUCGGCCACGACCCCGAGCAGUACGUCGUGCUGCUGUCCGACCCGAGGUCCGACCCGAGGUCCGACCCGAGGUCCGACCAGCCCCCGAGGCCCUCAAGGCACAGGCCGUCGACCUCAGCCACGUCGCCGCUCGCCUACAAGCCGUCCAUCCCCGCGGUAUGCAAUGUCUCAUCGACAGAGUAGACAGAGCAGCUCUCUCGCCCGUCUCUGGGGUCUCAAACCGUCUCAAACUCGCAAAAAGGAGUACCCAAAUGGUAUUCAAUUUAGAACCUUGAGGAGGUGACGAGUCGUACCCGGUUGAGAGCGAGAUCAACUAGAGUCGUGGGCACUUUUCGUUCCGGAUUCACUCGUGCAGCGCG